UUUCUGAACGUUUAAAUCAGGAAGUAACAUCAAAACACUGGAGUCUGCAUUGUGAUGCACGAUGGGAGUUGAAAUUUGGGUCCGUUUUUGAAAUCCUGUUUUAAAAUGUGUACACUUUUGAUGUAACAUUUCAGAGUAGACAUUUGUGUUUUUGGUGUGGCGUUAUUUACUUGCAGUACUUCUGUAAUGGGGAUAGUAUUUUGCUAGACGGGGGGCAAUGGAUGACAAGGCGUAUGAAACUGCUUUUAAAGCAAGCCAGAAAAAUCUUUGUGGUUUAGACAUUGAAGAUUCAGUGCAUAAGAGGAUGUCCAAUUCUGUAUCGCAGAAGACCAGCAGGGAAGAGGAAUUAAUAUCCAAGAUGAAUGACUGUGAACUGGAUUCUAUAGGAGAUUCUACUUACUCUCUUCUUUCACCCAUUUAUCAUGAUAGCUUUGACAGUGAAGAUGUGGAGGAAGCAUUUGAAGCUUUAAACCAGAAAGAUGAGGGCAUUCAGAAGAACAAAGUAGUACUAAGAACUAAGUCACUUAAUGCAAAGCCAGAAAACGUAAAGAAGCAACAGCAGCUUCCUUUGACAGAGUUUAACUUCACACCUUGGGAAGAAUGGCUGAUACGUAAAACAAAAGAAGAAAGGAACAAAAUUCAAAACAGAUCUAUGAAGGAGGUAGAACUGCAACAGGAAAAACUAAAAGAAUUGCAGGAAGUUGAAAAAAAGCACUUGAUGACUGAAGAAAAGCUGAGAAACUGGAUUCAGAAAAAGAAUGAGAAGAAAGUGGGUUUGCUUUUGCCAAAGCCUCCAAGAGGCCAUUCCACAAGGUCUUUGGCGACUUCUUCUGGGUUUUGGGCUAGAACUUCCUUGGAUGAUAUCUGUACAGCUGCAAUGUGGGGUGGUAGUCAUAUCUGUUAUUGCUCAUCAAGCUGGAUCUGGUCUCUAAGGGAAGAGCAGCCUUUUGCUCGGAAGUGCUCCGGAAUAUCUUUCCUUCAGAGUCCUCCUGGAAUUCAGGAAAGGAUUGAAAAAGAAAUGAGACUUAGAAAAGAGCUGGAAGAGAAAAAAGCAACAGAGGAAAAAAAAAGGCAAGCACAAGAAAAGUCUGAACAAAAAUACCAAGAGUGGUUGCAGAAAAAGAAGGCAGAGGAGUGUGAGAAAAAAAGGAAAGAACAGGGUACUAUGAUUGGAGCUCAUAUCCUGCACCAAGUUUCUAUAAUCCAAUUCCUUGGAAGCCAAUCCAUGUUCCUUCCUCAGAAGAGCAAUCAAGAAAAUUUUCAAAGAAAAAAGGAAGGAAACCAGUGUCCAGCCUCUUAUACAGGACUUCCUCAGCAGUAAUUUGUAGACCCAAAGACAAUCUUAGUGUUAGGACACAUCACAGAAAUAGGAAGUGCAGUGGAUUUUAAGAGUGGAAAAUGCUAUGUUAUUUUAGUUGGCUUUAUCAGUAAGGAUGAAUAAGACUGCUUGUUGCUGACAUACAAAUAGUCAAGAAGAAAAAAGCUUUUUGCUUCAGUAAAUAUCGUCAGUAAGCAUGCGUUUUGUUAAUGUACUCAUUUGGAACCUCAGUACUUUGCACUGAAGAAUGAUUUUUAAAAUACAUUUUUAUCUGUAAAGCCUGACAUUAAAAUGUUCCAGCCAAACAGCACCACCAAGAUAAAUAACUGAAACAGAUUGUAUUAUGUAGUGCAGGGUUUGUCAGAUAAAAAAGCAGUUCGUUUUGAUUAUGUAUUUUAAAUGUGGAAUAUCAGAACAGGAAAUUCAAGUAUCAGAAAGUGUAGUUUAUUCUGAUAUGCAUUAUAUAACGCAUUGUCCUAAAAGACCAAGAUGGCUAUUUCAGUACAUAACAUAUAGAUGAAGCACCACUUUUGAUUUCCUACUCAAAAUGUCAUAUGGAAUAGGAGAAUAAUAUUUCUACAGUAUCUGUAUUACACCUGCAUUGCUACCUGUUUCCCAUCUUAAUGCUAUUAUUUGGGCUCCAUGUCUUUUUGCAGAAUAGUGGGUUUGAGCUGGAUGGGGUAAAUGCUCUGUAGUUGAUCUGGGUCCUCAUAUGUAUAAUUAUUUUUUUAUUACUUUGUUUGCUCAUUCAGCACAUCCAUUAUCUCACUUAGAACUGCUCUUCUGUGUCCUGUAUCUGUCUUUUGUCCUAGCACCUCUGUUAUGGUUUGCUGAGAAAUGGUGCCUUAAGAAGAACAUAGGCAAUUUGGUUCUUUGAGACCAUAAGAUGCUUAAUUCGUAUUAUGCACUCUGAAUGCAUUUUAAUCAGAAGUGUUUAAUGGCAUAUCCUAUUUGAUAGAAGCAUCAGUCUUUUUACAGACAAAGUUAAUAUUUACAAGAGAUUUAUAAUUUCUGGAAGAGUUUCAAGCAGCCCUUGUAGAGAAUUCCCCCCUUUUCUUGGAAGUGUCUUAUAUGUGACUUGGUCCUACAAAUGAAGUGAGAGUAAUUCCAAUCCUGUUUUAGUUUAGCAUUCCUCUCUGCUGAGUAAAUUGUUCCUAUGGUUGAAAUGAAUGCAAUUGUGCUUUUCUGCGCACUUUUCCUUUUCAAAUAUAGUCUUUUUUGUGUA